CAGAAGUGAGGCCUCAAACUCAAAGGCCCCAGCUCUGUCUCGGUUCGUCCCAGCUUUCAUCAUCUCCAUGGAUUCUGUUCUAAUGGGUUCCCUCAAAUCUCAUUUUCCUAAAGUGAGUCUCCUUCAAAACCUCCCAUAUCCCUAUAAACUCUCCUCCACGGUAACCCCUUGUUGCUGGUCCCCAAGAAUCUCGUGUGGCCUUCGUGAUGGGCCGAGAAAGCCCUUGUGGAGGUCAAGGGUGCUCUCCUCCGAAGCCAUCCAGGUUGUACAGUCACUCAAGUUAGCAAAAUCAACACCACCAAAGCUAGAGGAGGUUUUCAGUGCCAGACUCGCUCGCCUCUUGAAGGUAGACUUGUUAGACACUUUGGCCGAGUUACAGAGGCAAAAUGAAUUGGACUUAGCCCUCAAGGUAUUCAUAUUUGUAAGAAAGGAAGUUUGGUAUAAACCAGAUGUCUCCCUAUACUGCGACAUGAUUCGAUUAUUGGGAAAGAACAAACUGAUUGAAAUGGCUGAAGAGCUCUUUCGGGAACUAAAGGAAGAAGGGUUGGAACCUAACACAAGGGUAUUUACUGAAAUGAUUGGAGCUUACUUACAACUUGGUAUGAUUGAGAAAGCAAUGGAGGCCUAUGGGUUGAUGAAAGCAUCAGGUUGUACUCCAGAUAAAUUAACCUUCACAAUAUUACUUAGAAACCUUGAGAGAGUGCGAGAAGAAGAGCUUGUAGCAGCUGUAAAGAAUGAUUGUACAAAGUUUAUGGAUUGCUCUGAGAAAUUCCUUGAAGAAGUAGAACGCAAACGGCCAAAGAGAACGGUUGGUCAAGUUUAAACAGGGGUUGGAUUGGAUUACAAUGGUCAGUGGCUUAAAAGG